AUGAACGAAGCUUAUUCGCAGGCGAAACGGCGCCGCCAGGGCCUGGCCGGGACCGAUCGAACCGGACAAAAUGAGAACGAAGAGGACGAUUUCUUUGGCAGCCAAUUUUCGGUACCGUCGUCACAAGUGGCCAGUCAGCGACGGUACCUAUCCCAGCGCAGCAAUCUGCAACGAUCGCAGGUGGUAAAGCCGGGAAGGAGACCCCCGACAAAUUACUACGAAAGUGUUCUCUUUAUGGCUGGCCUCAGUCUGGACGAACCGGGCGGUGUUGUGGUGCUUAAAUGUGAACCGAUCGUUUUCAUGCACAAGUUGAAAAGUGUCCUGCGCACAAAUGCAGAUUACCCGACGAAUGUGGACCGGUUUUUGGCCGGUAUCGAAGCGACCAUGAAGGACCGUACCAGUUUUCUGAAGCUACUCGAAUGUUGCCAGGUUGUGCCGAGUACGUCCACGGCGUACGAAGAAACGCUCCAGCAAGUGCGUAAACCCGUACAAGAAAGCUUGAUGAAGAUGUUCCUGCUAGUGGACUUUCUGCAGCUGAAGCUGAUAGAGCUGUUGUUUGCGUACUUGAUGAAGGAACUCGGUACGAUUUCUACGCCCGAUGGGGAAGCCGUUGAGGAUUCCAUUGUGGGGUUUGUGCUGUCCCAGCUGAAGUUUAUAGAUCACGUCCAGAACGGUGAGCUGGUAUUCGAGAAGGUGUUUGAGCUGCUAGGGAAAGCGAACCGCAAUCCGGUGGUGUUCGAUGAGAUCAUCUUCAGUCUGGAGGAUGUGAUCGAUGUGUCGAAGCACGAUGAUGCGCUUGCUCGACUGGUGAAACUGCGACCUCGUCCCAAAGACCUUAUCACACCGAGCACCGUGGAGGUGUUCACCGGAAUGUGUCUGAGCGUCCAAACGCUCGAGCUGCUUCGUCGAAAGGUGGUCCAGUAUGUGGCGGAUGGGUGUCCGCUGCGGUACUAUCCAUCGCUGGUAAAGAUGCUACUGAAGUUUAACCGUACCGAACCACCGGAAAACAUUACCGCCAUCGUUCGGGAAGUUCGGCGACUGUUCGAUACUAGCGCCAACGCGGAUACGUGGACUGAAAGCUCUUCCACCGCGGACGAUUGUGCGGAACAGGUGCUCCGAACGAUCUACCAAGCAAUUUCGGCUUCCGCAAUGCUGUACGAUGCAUGGAUCAGCGUCAUUCGACAGUUACCGGGAGCGGAGGAUCACCUUCCAAUUGAUCUGCUGCUGCUCACCAUCGCUACCACGAUCAACGAGGUUAAAGCACCGCGUAUACGCAAACUCGCGAUCAAGAAGGUCGAACAGCAGUUCUUUACCGAUGCGCACACGGACCUGUUGGUCAGCGGGUGCUUUCGUCGGGUGCUGCAAACGCAUCUUGAUGGAUUUCUGCAGCUGAUCGAGUGUUGUACGCGCGAAAAGAAUGAACGCGUGUGCGAGUUCGGUGUGGCAGCGAUGAGUGCACUGUUUUCGCUCGAUCAGUCGGUCGUGGCAUCCGACAAUCGAGUCGUGUUGAGCAAGAUUGUCGGUUUUAUCUGUGAAAUGGCGUCCGUGAAUGUGGCGAGCAGGAACGAUUUUCUCAUCGGCCGAUGCAUUGGAGCGUUGCGUAAGCUACAUGAAUCCCAUCCCAAGGAAAUAGAACGAAGUGCGGAACUGUUGCUGCGAAUUCUGGAUAUCGCACCGGAACUAACACUAAGGCAGUACCGUCCGUUAAUCAGCGUUAUUUAUGCGGCCGUAAUACCUCCCCGUCCUACCGAUGAUGAUGCGGAGCUGACAGCCAUCCGGGACAAUCUGGAGAUCAUUGUCAAGAAGCAGCUGAUGUGUGACAACAAAGACACGAAAAAGAAAGGCAUCAUUGGGCUGGUCCAGAUGGUGUACUAUCUUUCGCUGGUGCCGGCCGCUGAAGAUGCACCCGAGCUGAGUUCGAGCUUCGAUUCGGAGCGUACGAUCGGUACGGUUAGCGAAAUUCCCACUGCCGUUGGGCGCAAUUUGGCCAAUCUCGUCAGUACACUAUUCCUGUCCACCAACCAAUCGCCGGAUCUGCUCGCUAUCUGUUACGACGAGCUGGCCAACAUGCUGGCACAAGCUCGUCCCCGAUCGGCACCCACGUGGGAGAAAACGUUCGUCAUAUGGCUUUGCGAUACGGUUACGAUGGAUUUCCAGGGGACAUUUCUGGUGGAAAAUGAAACACCGCUUGCAUCGCGCGAUCCUACGGGCCCGGCCGGGAUUUUGCUUACCCGCAAACUGUGCAUUAACGAUACGGACGAGGAAACUGCCAAUACGGAAGCGGCUACGAUCGCGGUUAAUGUUGGCGGUGGAGUGCUCGUGCACGGUGGUAGCCGUCAUUCUAGCAUCACCUAUCUGGCGCCAAUUUUCCGUCUAAUGCGCACCCUUCACUUCAUCCGGUAUGGUGGAGUGCUGGAGUCGAUCAAUGCCCUGCUGGGAUGUACGCUCGUUGUGCCUGAAAUUUACGCCGUUGUCGAAGAAGAGGAACGACGAUUUUCCAUCGACACGUACGACGAAACUUCCUGUACGUUGCUGCUCGAUAUUUACUUCUAUUUGGGCAACUGGUUCCGGGAAUGUAUUAGCGCGUUUGUUGGACAGACGGAUCAAGUGAUGCGCCGAAAGGUUCUCGAACGGCUACAUGAACUCGUUACGUUGGAACAUCGACUGGGACGUAUGCUGGAGCGCAUGAUUGCCGACAGUGAGUACAUUCCACCGUUAGCAUCCGAUUUUAUGGAUCCUCCCGUUACCUGCACAAAGAAGCUAAAGUUUGCCGAAGCACAGCGUUCUGGGCGUCCAAAAGCGGGAUCACACGACAGGACGGUCAACCUGGAUGCUCCGCUCAGUACACAAACAGCGGCAGCAACUGCUCCCUCAACGGUGGGACAGUUUAACGAGCAGAGCUUGUUGCUACGUUGCGCUUUUGCUCUUCGCCGUAUGGAUCCGGAGUUGGUGCGGCUGUUUACCGUGCAGCUAGUUCCCGCCCGUGUACUUGAACUUCCGGAACAACGCGGUACCUCCCUAGCGCUACCGGAAUAUCGCUUCGUGCUGGAAAAUGUAACUGUUGCAAUGGAACAAACCAGCGACACGGAUGGUCGCUACCAACGGUGCAUGGUCGAGUGCUGGCAAGAGUUUGUCGAGCGUACAGCAAUACUACAGCAGCUACUGCAGGAAGGUACGAAUCGCUUGCAACCGGCUUCCAUUCAGGAACUGUUACCCCUGAAAUCCUGUUACCUUUGGAGCCUUCGACUUGCGACGACACUGCUUACAUGGAAGCGAUUCCGCGAACAACGCGGACGGCCGGAUUUUACUCGAGUAUUGCGGCUGCUAGUGGAGAAACUGACCGAAACUGAAGGUUCCCCGGCGGACGACUUGCAUCUGACGGAACUGGCAAAGCUACUGCUGAAAGGACUAAUCGUGCAAGAAUCGUGUUUCGGUGAUCUUUCGAUCGCAGCUCAGCUGUAUCGACUUGCUCGUGCCAUCGGUGAGAGUGUCGGUGAUCGUACCAGCGCCUACCGUUCGAUUGCACGAUUUACGCGCAGCGUCUUAACCGCAUCGGACAUCCGUUCGGCGGACAGUAAAUCGAACCAUCACUUCACAACCAUCCUGGAUGGGUUGAUCGAUACCGUUGGUUUGAAAUCGCUCAAGCAGCUUAUCGUUGACAUGCGACAGGAUGUAAGCAUCGAUGAGCAGAUUGUCAGUGCGAAAAAGGGUAGGAAAUCGGCCGGCAAAGAAUCGACCGACUCCUCAACCGUCCGCACGUUUGCAACGUUCAAGCGCGCACACUACGCACUGCUGUUUAAGGGUUUAUGCCGAGCCUUUCUGCGUGUCUUGCAAGAUGAAAUACGCAUCCGUUCCAGUACGAGCGGUGGUCCGAAUCGUCGGCUGGAGCUGUGGGAAACGGCUUGUGAAGUCACCGGUGAACUAACGAACAUUGUAAAGCGUGCGCAGCAGGCUGGAAAUUUCGGCGUCUACCUGCGGUUCGCACAAAUCUUUAUCAAACUCUUCCUCAAGAGUGGACUGCCGGCACUGGAAACUAUUUUGCGUUCAUCCGCGGAGCGUGCGUCCCAUCUGCUAUCCACACUGCAGACAACCACACGCUACCUGCACAACGUAUGCUGCCAGACGAAGGUGGCAAAGGGUGCCGGUUCAUCGGCCGGUGCCCUCGCGCAGAUACCGUUCGUGCGGGAAUCGGUUGAGACGCUUGUGUAUCGCGUGAAAGCCGCACUGGUUGCUAACCGCUGUUCGGCCGUGUUUUGGAUGGGUAAUUUGAAGAACAAGGAUAUGCAAGGUGAGCUGAUCGCUUCCCAGCAACCGCGGCCCGAUUCGGAUGAUGAGGAACAGCAGGACGAUAAUGUGUCUGAUGCAGCACUGCAAGAUGCUUCAGAUAUAGCGGAUGAUCUGAGUGAUGCUGAUGAAGAGAACGCCGCUGUUGGUGGAACAUCCUCCAAAGCGUCUUCCAAUUUGCGUGCGACCAGUGUAACGAAAUCGUCCCAAAGUAAAUGCUUCUGA